CUUCAUAAAACAGACGAAACCGACUCCGCCAUCAAAAACCCUAGCUCCUCCGAACCCCUCGAAACCCUAGAGCGCUCUCGAGCCUUCUCUAAUGGCGAUGGCGGCAGCAAACCUCAACAAAAAGAGGAAGCCCGAUCAAGAAUCCGAGCUCCUCCACGAAACCCCGAAGCCCGCCAUCUCCUACAUCCCCAAACACGACAACUCCGACGACGACUCCGACGACGACAUCACCGGCCUCCUCGAACCCCUCAACCGCGACCAGCUCCUCUCUCUUCUCCGCUCCGCCGCCCUCGCCCAUCCUCCCACGCUCGCCGCUGUGCGCUCCGUCGCCGACCUCGACCCCUCUCACCGCAAGAUCUUCGUCCACGGCCUCGACUACUCCACCACCGCCGAGUCCCUCNCUGCCGAUGACGUUCGAAUUGUUACUGAUAAGGCCACGGGGAGAUCGAAAGGGUACGGAUUUAUACUGUUUAGGCAUCGGAAGUCGGCGAGGAAAGCGCUGAAGCAGCCUCAGAAGCUUAUUGAUGGGAGGAUGACUGGUUGUCAGCUUGCUUCGAUGGGUCCUUCUUCUUCGGGGAACGCGGCUACGGCGGCGAACCCUAAUUCGGCAGAUAAUUUGGCGAGGAAAGUUUAUGUGGGGAAUGUGCACCAGGAUAUUGAUGUUGUGAGAUUGAGGGCUUUCUUUGCGCAGUUUGGGGAGAUUGAGGAGGGGCCACUGGGGCUCGAUAGGGCCACAGGCAAGCCGAAGGGGUUUGCUUUGUUUGUGUACAAGACUUUGGAAGGGGCGAGGAAGGCUUUGGAGGAGCCAUCGAAGAAUUUCGAGGGGCAUUUGCUUAGUUGCAACAGGGCUUCGGAUAAUAGCAGUAGAGUAGCAACCAGGGGGCCUACAGGACCACAGAUGCCUAACCCUGGUUUAAACCCUAGUUUCAAUCCUAACCCGAACCCUAACCCUAAUUCUAUGCAGAAUGUGGCGGCGGCCAUUACUGGGUCAGAG